UUAUUUGUCAAUGGAUUCUCACCAGACUUCUCAGCUGGGCUGUGGUGAAUAUCUUUCUAUUUGUGAAAAUUCCAUCACAAAUUUCGAAUUUCCCUUAAGAUUUUCUACUUCAAUUCUCAACAAUUCAAUUCAACUAUUUUUCCCUACUAACAUUCCCAUCUCAUUUCACUGAAUCCCUUCCCCAAGAACCUCCAGGAAAAUUAAAAAAAAAUCAUUCCUUGAAAAUUUCAUUGAAAUUUUCAACCCUCUGUGGUGAAUAUCUUUCUCAUUGUUUUGAGUGCCACAGUUCUCAGGAUUUCCAGCAAUAUCCUCCAAUUUUCCUCAAGAACAAUGCUGUCGCGAUGCCAUUUGCACGCCAAGAGUUCCACACUAGCCUGCUCAAGGAUAUUUCGUGAGUUGAAUGGGAAGAUCACGUCCUCAAGGAAUUAUCACAUUCUCUCAACCCCCGCGGUACACAGAAACAGGACAGUUCCCCUAGAGCACAAUGGCACCUUCCCCGUGGCUGGAGUAACCUUCCUCAGAUAUGCCAGCUCCGGCAAACAGACAACCAUCGCUGAUGUAAUGCCGGAGAUUCCUACAAUAGCUGCAAUUCCGGAACCUCCUCCAGUCCCAGAGGCACCUCCAGUGGUUCCCAUUGAGGCUGUGGCUCAAGGAUCAGAGCCAGCCUUUGAGACACUGGGACUAGGGGGAUGGUCUCCGGUGGGAAUGGUGCAGCAGUGCAUGGAAUUCCUUCACAUCGGCCUCGAUCUGCCCUGGUGGGGUGUGAUAGCCAUCGGGACGAUAUGUGUGCGUACCUUGAUCUUCCCACUGGUCAUCGUGGCCCAGAGAAAUGCCGCAAAAAUGAAUAAUUACAUGCCCCAAAUGCAGGUUCUUCAAAUGAAGAUGACAGAGGCCAGACAAAGUGGAAAUCAAAUUGAAUCAGCUCGAUAUGCACAGGAGAUGAUGAUAUUUAUGAAGGAGAAGCAAGUGAAUCCAUUCAAAAAUAUGGUUGUUCCUCUAGCUCAGGCUCCUCUCUUCAUUUCUUUCUUCAUGGGCCUCAGAGGAAUGGCCAAUACGCCAGUGGAUUCCAUGAGGCAAGGUGGACUCUUCUGGUUCUCAGAUCUCACAGUCUGCGAUCCGUACUACCUACUUCCAAUUAUUACAAGUGCGACAAUGUACUUAACAAUAGAACUGGGUAGUGAUAGUGCUAGGCUCUCAUCGCAGAACAUGCAAACAAUGAAAUAUGUGCUGAGAGCUCUACCUCUUGUUAUUCUCCCAUUUACCGUCAAGUUCCCAGCAGCUAUUCUAACAUACUGGGCUUGUAGUAACUUCAUAUCACUAGCUCAAGUUGGUUUUCUCAAGAUCCCUAAAGUUAGGGCUUACUUCAAAAUCGAUCCUCUAGUGACUCAUCAACCGGACGCCUUGCCAGCGAAGAAAAAGGGCUUUGUCGAGGGAGUUAGGGAUUCUUGGACUAAUAUGAAAAUCACGCGAGAACUGGAAGAACGCAAGAGACUCGAUGAAAUCAGUUUCCAUCGAGCUGGACAGGGUCCUAUUAUUAAGACCUACAAGUAUGACCCAACAAAACCGCGCCCACAGAAUGCAGUAGCAGCGAAAAAACGAUAGUCUGUUGUAUCACCAAUAAACUUAGUUGUAUUUUAAUAUGAUUAACA